CACAGUGGAGGGCUAACCUCUGGUUUGCGGAGCGGUCGGGUGUGUUCUCCGCUCGCCCCCACGCCUUUGAGGCCCCCGCCGCCCGACCCAACGGCGCAGCCGGCCAGCGACUCCUGCGGCGCCCUCCCGCACCGGAUCGCUCCUCGCUGGGGCGGGAACUAGCCCGACAGCUCCGGUCACUAUGAGUGAAACAUCUUUCAACCUAAUAUCAGAAAAAUGUGACAUUCUAUCAAUCCUUCGGGAUCAUCCUGAAAACAGGAUUUACCAGAGGAAAAUCCAGGAACUCAGCAAAAGAUUCACUGCAAUCCGCAAGACCAAGGGGGAUGGGAACUGCUUCUACCGGGCCCUGGGCUAUUCCUACCUGGAAUCUCUGCUAGGGAAGGGCAGAGAGAUCCUCAAGUUCAAAGAACGUGUACUGCAGACCCCAAACGACCUUCUGGCGGCUGGCUUUGAGGAGCACAAGUUCCGAAACUUCUUUCAUGCUUUCUACAGUGUGGUGGAGCUGGUGGAGAAGGAUGGCUCAGUGUCUGGCCUGCUGAAGGUGUUCAACGACCAGAGCUGCUCAGACCGAAUCGUGCAGUUCUUGCGCCUGCUCACCUCGGCCUUCAUCAGGAACCGUGCAGACUUCUUCCGACACUUCAUUGAUGAAGAGAUGGACAUCAAAGACUUCUGCACUCACGAAGUGGAGCCCAUGGCCAUGGAGUGUGACCACAUCCAGAUCACGGCCCUGUCUCAGGCACUGAACAUCGCCCUGCAGGUGGAGUAUGUGGACGAGAUGGACACGGCCCUGAACCACCACGUGUUCCCCGAGGCGGCCAUUCCUUCCGUUUACCUGCUCUAUAAAACAUCCCACUACAACAUCCUCUAUGCAGCCGAUAAACGUUGAUUAAUUUUAGGCCACGCAGUGGAGCCUGUCACCUAAUGGGACUGCAUUCUGAACAGAACAUUUGACUUCUCAAUUUUUUAAGCGAUUAAGACUGCAGUUAGAAAACGUACAGCUUUUUGGACAAAAUCACUGGGAAUGAGGUCAAGUCACCAAGGACUGUGGUAACCUGGUAAUACAGCUAGUAUUUAUUUUCAUGGAGGACCAAGGAAUUUCUAACUCUGGGCUAGUAGACCAGGACCUCUGGUUCUGUUCCCAGCUCCCUGAGGCCUUGGGCAGGCCACCUCUCUCUGACCGGUUUGUCUGAAGGAGGUUCCUGCCAGUGCUAACAUUCUAGCAUAUAAAAAUGGGGUUUUGAUUUCUUCAGCGGCACUGCCUCUCUGUAGGGGAGGAACAGAUCGACGUCACUGUCUUAAGUGACCUGCCAGUUCUAUAAAACAAGUCCAAUGAGCUACUGAACAGGCUCUGGUGGAUGGCUGGUAAGUUGAGGCCAAUUUGAAAAUGAGGGUUCACUGUGGUUCUAAACACUCACAGCACAAGUGUUUCUUACUCCUAACUUGGAGGGCAAAUCUAAGCCAUAAUCUCAAAAAGGCCUUGGUCUUUAGCAUGAAGCCUAAGUUAUGGGACCACUCUACCUCUCUCAGGGCUGGGUCUUUGCCUUUGAGGUUCUGUUGUCAGCUCCACCUGAACAGAGGCUUGACAAAGGUGCGGGUCAUGACCAGAAUCCAUGUGUCUGUCUGGGACCAGGAAGCUGCGGCUGUGUCACCGUCCCCAACAAAUUCCAGGAAUAGAACCUGGAGCCUCAGCCAGGGGAGAAAGUGACACAGGCUGCUGCAGACUCCAGGUGAGCAGAGCAGAUGUCCUGCGAGGUUGUCUUUGGCUCCUUCCCCCUUUUAACCAGUUUAUGAGGGUUUAAGUGGGAAAAGACAGGGACAAGCUAAAGAAAUUGGCAGUUGGGAUGAGUUCUGAUGCAGAAAACUACCUGCCUCUUCAUUCAUCCUCUGGACAUGCUUCUUGAUAAGGAACUUUUCAUGAACUAACUUCCUUGUUGCUUCAGGACGCCCAGAGCACUGGGGCACUGCUAGUAAGCUCUCUCUCCCCUACGGGAAGCAAUGAAGAAAGCAAGAGUGAACUUGUCCUUUGGGGCACUUCUGCAGCCUCAUUUCUGCAGACCCUGGGGGCCAACAGCCAGACUAUGCAUGAAGACUGGGUGGCUGGCUGCUCCAAGUCCUGGGACACAAGCAUGAGUUGUUAUCACUCUGCCUUCAUGACAGAUGUCAGAUGUCAGCAUGCUUUCAUUCCAGCCAGGACCCUCUGUCAUUCUACUGUUGGCUGGAAUUUGGACCCAAGGGUUCAAGCUAAUUAUGUCAUUUUUCUCAUAGGAAUGUAAACUGGACGCUGGUCCUUGAAUCAGUGUGAAAAUUACACCAGAAAAGUGGGAGGAACGUGUUACGUGGUAUGAAGAGAGUACCAGGAUUCCCAUUGGCCAAACUUAAGGCCCUGAGCACUAUGCCAGACUGAAAGCCCUGGGCACUCCACGGGGUCAGGAGACGGGUGCCAGGCUGAGAGCGGGGCUCUCCUCGCAGCACUGCUGUCAUCCCUGCAGGUGUGGCUUGUGUGGCACUCACAGCAGCAGAGCUCUCUUUCCAGCAGGGCUGCUGGAGGGAAUUCCCUCUCUGGAGACUUGCCUAUUCUGUGCAGUGCUCAUGGGGCCUUGCUUACCAGCAGAAAUUCUACCCUUUUAUUUUCAGAAGGCCCAAGAGAAGCAAGCCAAGUCAUUUUCAUGGUCUUACCCUUUGCUUUCCUCUUCUCACAAAACUAAUGGUCAAAUCCAAAUUACUGUUCUCUUCCCUUCAUCCCUGCCCUCAGAUCUUGCCUCUGAGGGAGAGAACUAUGGGGGAAGAAGGGGGGCAGAAGUUAGUGAAGCUUUCAGGCAUCCAUGGAAGUAACCUCACUUGUCUACAGCAGCCAACCAUGCUCUAAUCACAACUGCUGGGUAAUUCUCCACCCAACCCCAAGAAGCCAUCUUUUUCCAGACCCAAUACUGGAUGGAAAGUUGUUCUGAGACUUUUACUACGUUAUUUAUUACGUUCUUUCCAAAGGAAACUUUAUAAAUCAAUGGGAAUAUUUAACAAAGAACAAACUGUCCUUUCUUUUGACCAGGCUCCUACUUUAAGCACAAAAGGACUCUGAUGCCAGACUGUCUAGGUUGAAAUCUCAACCUUAUCACUAACCAUAUCACCUUGGCCAAGUGACUUCACUUGAGACUGAAUUUCCUUAUCUGUAAAGUGAAAACAGAACCUACACAUGACAGUAUUAUUAAAGCAGAAUGAGACUGUGUGCAAAGAAAUACAAGACCUGAUCCACAACUAAGCUCACAGGUGAGAUGUUCCCCAACUGACCCUUCAAUGGGCACAAUACUCCAAGUGGGCACAUGCCAUCUUGGUGGUGCUAUGGUUUCCCAAACAGGAAAUAUCGGAAACCACCAGAAAGUUCAAGAACCAAACGCAUCCCCACAGUGAGCAGAAAUGGGGACAUAGGCUGUGGUUCAAUGACUGGUUGCCUAGGGACCAGAGAUCCUGGGGAAAUGGGCCAGGGCCUACAGCUUCCCUGGGCUGUUGGAAAAGCAUCCAAUUGGUUUCCAUGGCAACUUCUGACCUUGUUGCUUUGGCAACUGGCAUGCAGUGAGGCUAAUACCACUCUCCCAGGAGCUUGUGUGUGAAUGAGUGCCCCGGGGUUGGAGAAAAGGGCUUCCUUACAAGGCAUGGGUCCCUUGCUUAGUGGAAGAUCAGACACAGGACAUUCUGCCCUUAGGCUGGAGGUACCAAACGCACCACAGGUGUUACCAGGUCAGAGCAGAACUGCCUGUGUGACUGGCCUCAGCUUUUAAAGCCAACACCCAGUUACCAUAUCAGAAGAUUUGCUGUCAGAGGACCAGGGCAGAUGGCCAGGACCAGAUCCCAUGCUGUAAUGUGCCUGCGUAUUGCUACUGAUUUCCCACAACUGACUCCACCACGUUAGGGAAGACUGUUAGAACCUGAGGAUAGCAACCUCUUCCCUGCCCAACUCCCAAGAGGCUCAGGCAAGAUAACAGCUAUGAGCAUUAGACAGUUCAGAUCCUGCAGUACAGUAGGAACAGGAAUACAUGUUGAGGAUACCAAAUGUUACAUAAUGACUGGCAAGCCCCAGCUUCUUGCUCCAUCCACAGUGUCCAGCAGGAUGAGAGGCCCCAUGUGCAUCCUGCAGCCAGAGGACUUUGACACUGUCCGACCUUCAUCUAGAGGGCCCACUUAUGA